AUGGCGUUCCGGAAAACAGUGCAAGGCGUCAACGUGGCCUGCUUCUUUCCUGACGAUGCCGUCAUUUCCGCCCUGUCUUACGAGCCACGUGAGGACGACGUUUUCGUCACCGGUUACCCCAAGAGCGGCACGACUUGGGUACAGUACAUCGCCUACGGUGUUUUUCACGAUGGCCAGCCACCGUGCGAUCUCUCGCAGUUCAUCGCGGAGACACCAUUCCUGGAGCUCUUCGGCGCAGACUCCUUGGGCAGCAUGCCGAGACCCGGCACAAUUAGGACACACCUGCUCUUCGACGAGAGCAGGUUUUCAUCUCGAGCAAAGUACAUCUACGUCGCGAGAAACCCUUACGAUGUUUGCGUAUCGUCCUACUACCAGUUAUUGACGCACACAGUCAAUGAAGAGGACGUAGGAAGUUUCGACGAACACCUGAAGCGUUUUGUCACUGGUGCUAAACACCCUCUGGGUCUCAAGGCACGUGCUGACAUCCUCUGCUGCCCACCGCCGCAGCAACUGUAG